AUGGAACACCUUCCCAUAUUCUCAAAAUCCCAAAAUCUCGCUCUUCUGUCACAUAAUCGCAAAUGUGACCUGAUUAAUGGCUUUUGGCCGUACCUGGGACUGAAAGUUGAGGACUACAUUGAAGAGGAUUAUGUCGACUUCCUGGGUUAUAUCGAUGCGGUGGGUACAGGUUUGUGGCCAUAUAGACAGAGUUUUGCUAUCCAGGAUGUGAAGGGUUUGCUUGUCAUAGUCGCCAAUCUAAGACGUUACCAGAAUUCGGUUAGAGAAACGCUCGUAGGAGAGGUGAUGAAGAAUCUCUCGACAUCAACAACCCCAGAGCAUGUUGCCCGGUCUCUAGAAAUCGCCGCACGAUUGUGGCUGGGCAUAAACGUCGCUUCGAAAAGCCUAUCGGUUGGCCCCAAUUAUCCCAGAGGAAGCCGCAUCGAAUGGCCCGCAGAUAGAACUCUUGCAGAAGUCAUUUCCAAGCAACUUUCGAACAAAGCAUCCUGGGCUCCAAUCGACGAAUUCUCUCUCGAUGAAUCCUUCACAGCGGUGAACUUGAAGAACAUUUGUCGACUGCGCAUUCAAUGGACGCACAAUUUAGCCGAUCAUCUCCGUAUGAAGGGCCUGCGCGGCCGCAGAAGCCUUUUCAUAUACCGGCACAAGAUCCUCCUCGUAAAUCAUCUCAGGGAUCCCAAUCCCACCAUAAUCGAUCCAUCAAUUCUCGAAGAAGCAAUUCGAACACUCGACCUCCUCUUCCCCUUUGGCGACUCCAAAUCAGCAGACUUCCUCGAAACUGAAGGCGUGCACUUCUACAGCAUAUCGUCUGGAGGUCCACGGCCGUACGAUCUCGACGAAUUCAUACACUGGCGGAAUCAUUUGGCGCAGUUGUUGCGGAUCCUGCAUGGGCCUCCAGAAACAGCCACACAAACAUUGACAGACACCCGGAAUCUAUCACAAUUUGCAACUCUGUGGGUUGCCAUCUUUGGAGUCUUCGCAUUGACGAUCCUUUUUGGUAUCCUGGCGACGGUUUACUCGAUCAAGUCGUAUCGUGUGGCGCUCGGGUCGUAUAAUUUGGCUUUGACUGCGGCUUGUCAUGAGUUUCCCGUGCUGCCGCAUUGCCAGCGGCUAUGA